CGGGGCGGCCCCCCGGCGGCCAUGGCCCUUCCCGGCAUUCCCUAUGAGCGGCGGCUGCUCAUCAUGGCGGACCCGAGAGACAAGGCGCUGCAGGACUAUCGCAAGAAGCUGCUGGAGCACAAGGAGAUCGACGGGCGCCUCAAAGAGCUAAGGGAGCAGCUGAAGGAGCUCACCAAGCAGUAUGAGAAGUCAGAAAAUGAUCUCAAGGCUUUGCAGAGUGUUGGGCAGAUCGUUGGCGAGGUGCUCAAACAGCUAACAGAAGAGAAAUUCAUCGUGAAGGCUACAAAUGGACCAAGAUACGUGGUUGGCUGUCGCCGUCAGCUGGACAAAAGUAAGCUGAAACCAGGCACGAGAGUUGCUCUGGAUAUGACCACUCUGACUAUUAUGAGAUAUUUGCCGAGAGAAGUGGAUCCCCUGGUUUAUAAUAUGUCUCAUGAGGAUCCAGGGGACGUUUCAUAUUCUGAGAUUGGAGGGUUGUCAGAGCAAAUCAGAGAGCUGAGAGAGGUAAUAGAAUUGCCACUUACAAACCCAGAACUUUUUCAGCGUGUGGGAAUUAUACCUCCAAAAGGCUGCCUGCUCUAUGGCCCCCCUGGUACAGGGAAAACACUUUUGGCCAGAGCUGUUGCUAGCCAGCUUGACUGCAACUUCCUAAAGGUGGUGUCAAGUUCCAUAGUGGACAAGUACAUUGGUGAAAGUGCUCGACUGAUCAGAGAGAUGUUUAAUUAUGCCAGAGAUCAUCAGCCAUGUAUCAUUUUCAUGGAUGAGAUCGAUGCUAUUGGUGGCCGCCGUUUCUCUGAAGGCACCUCAGCUGACAGAGAAAUUCAGAGGACUCUGAUGGAGCUGUUGAAUCAGAUGGACGGAUUUGAUACUCUGCACAGAGUUAAAAUGAUCAUGGCUACUAACAGACCAGACACUCUGGAUCCUGCCCUUCUGCGGCCUGGAAGGCUGGAUAGGAAGAUCCAUAUCGAUCUGCCAAAUGAACAAGCCAGAUUAGAUAUUUUGAAGAUUCAUGCAGGUCCCAUCACUAAACAUGGGGAAAUAGAUUAUGAAGCAAUUGUGAAGCUUUCUGAUGGCUUUAAUGGAGCGGACUUAAGAAACGUCUGUACUGAAGCAGGUAUGUUUGCCAUCCGUGCUGACCAUGACUUUGUAGUUCAGGAAGACUUCAUGAAGGCUGUUAGAAAAGUGGCCGAUUCCAAGAAGCUGGAGUCCAAGCUUGACUACAAACCUGUUUAAAUGAACCGUGCCAAUUGUGAUUGAUGUGCAGGGAGCUGGGAUAAUGUAUAAAAAGAGAAAUAAUGCAUAAUACAAACAUAAGGUGUUUGUAUAACAUGUAGCUAGUAAUUUGGUAACACUGCUUGCGAGUGUGGGGCUACAGAAGUGUUUUCUGUGCAAUUCUGAAAUACAAAAUUCAUUACAGCCCAGGUUAAGUAAAGGUGUGGAGGUGUGUUCUCAUAGCAUCUGCCGUGUGAGUGUAUAAACCUGCCUCAAUGGUUUAGCAGACUUAAAGUUCAUUUCUUGACUUUUUUUUUUUAUAUCAGUAAAUUUCAUUCCAUCAAACAAUGGAAUAAAACUUGUUUAAAUCA